CUAAUAAAUCCUAAGUAGCCAGAGGGACGAGCUACAGACUGGUUGCGGCGCAGGGUUUAUCCAGGGCAGAGAGGAGCAGCAAAAGCACAUUGCGCAGCUCUCACUCCCCCUUUCCUUCUUCUUCACUCUAUAAGGGCUCCUGCAAAUGAAAGAGACCUGCGGGGAUUUGCGCGGACAGAUGUAAAGGAGAUCCUGCAACUUUCUCUGGUUGCAUCCCUGGGAGUCGCUGCGCGCCGCUGGCUGAUUGCGACUGUUGCUUUCCACAGCUCCCUUCUUCCGCAGUUUCUUCUAGGAGCAGAUCGAGUCUCUGGUUACCAUGGUGAUCGAGCUGAAAGUGAAGAAUAUUUAAGAGAGGGGAGGCUGGAGCCAGCAGGCAGACAAAGUGGUGCCACCAAGGACUGUGCGUAAAGGGUGAGCGCAUUGGAGACAGACAGGGGCUCUGCUGAACUUCCACUUGACUGCGAUGAGAGGGGGGAAUCCCCAAUUCGCUAGGUGCCCCUGAACCCCCCAGAAUUCCUCCUCUGAUGCAUUAUUUAUGAUCUCUGGCAAGAAAUCGGGAGCACCCAACUCUUAUUUUGUGCAGCUGUGUGCAGCAUGGAUCAUUCCCAGUGCCUUGUGACUAUAUAUGCUCUGAUGGUCUUCUUGGGACUUAGAAUAGACCAAGGGGGUUGCCAACAUUAUCUGCACAUCAGACCGGCUCCUAGUGAAAACCUACCACUGGUGGACCUUAUUGAGCACCCGGAUCCCAUCUAUGAUCCCAAGGAGAAGGAUCUUAACGAGACCUUGCUGAGGACUUUAAUGGUUGGACACUUUGACCCCAACUUUAUGGCCACCAUCCUGCCAGAGGAGAGACUUGGAGUGGAGGACCUUGGGGAGUUGGAUCUCCUUCUUAGGCAGAAGCCCUCGGGGGCAAUGCCAGCGGAAAUCAAGGGACUGGAGUUUUACGAGGGGCUUCAGAGCAAAAAGCACAGACUGAGCAAGAAACUCAGGAGAAAGUUGCAGAUGUGGCUCUGGUCCCAGACCUUCUGUCCUGUCCUUUACACAUGGAAUGACCUAGGGACCAGGUUUUGGCCUCGCUAUGUGAAAGUAGGGAGCUGCUACAGUAAGAGGUCUUGUUCUGUGCCAGAGGGCAUGGUUUGCAAAGCUGCCAAGUCUAUGCAUUUGACCAUCUUAAGGUGGAGAUGUCAACGCAGGGUUCAGCAGAAGUGUGCGUGGAUAACCAUUCAGUACCCUGUCAUUUCCGAGUGCAAAUGCUCAUGCUGAGACUCUUGGACUAAUGCAAAAAGACAGUAGCUUCAUGGUUCAAGCUUCAUGUUAUAUGCACUGUAAUAUGUAGAAAUGUAUAUGUGUGUAUAUAUGGCAUUGGUCUAAAUUACUAUUAAAAGGUCAGUAUUAUUCUUUUAAAUAACCAGUGUCUACUGUAUUUCCAACACUAUUAUCCUGGUUGUGUUUUAUUUUAAUAAUAUUAUUAUUAUUUUUUUUUUGCCUAAUGUAUCUCUAUUUAUAUCCAAAAAAAGAGCACUUCGCUUGGCGAAGCAUUUUUUUUUAAAGAAAAAAAAAACAAAUUUAAUAGUUUAAUAAUAUAGAAGCAUUUUUUUCCUUUAAUGGAAAAUGUGCCUUUUUUUGAUGGACCUCAAAAAAAAAAUGAAUAAAAACCAGAGCAAGAUAUAAUUUUCAGUUUAUUGUACAUAGAAAGAGAACACAUUUUGAAAGAUGAAAAAUUUUACUCUUGUAAAUGAGAACUAUCUGCUAUUUAUUCUUUUAUUUUUUUUUUCCUCCCCCUGUAGAGUGCAGAAUAAAAGUAAACCACUAAAAUAUUAAA